AUGGCUGUAGCUAUCAUAGACUGUCUGCGGGCCCUCCGCCCUCUCUGCAUGGCGCUGACCCCCACGCAACCCAAAGUUCUAGCAUCUUAUUUAUCUUUAGUUGAAGUUUUAUUAGAAGACGAUGUGGAGAGGGGCUGUCUCUCGGGUCAGGGGCGGCUAGCCAAUGCUGCUUUAGAGAGUAUUCAUGUUCUCGCGAUGCAUGCAGCUGACGUGCAGCUGCAGCAGGGUCACUACAGCCCCAACAUAGAAAGCCCCGAAGCAGCAGAAACUCUAUUCGUGCUGACACCCCAGGGGGACUCGCUGCAGCAGGUGUACGUACACCUCGCACAGCUCGCGAGUGCUUUGCUGCAGAAGCUGCCCAACGAGCAAAUGACGUCAGCGGUAGGCAGCAGCUCCAUCGGAAUUCAAUAA